UAUGAAUUUCUGGUUUGUCAGAAUACCCGAAUUUGGAAUGAACCUGGGUUUUUUUUUUUUUUCUUUUUUCCAAACAGAUAAAAGGCACUUUAGUAAAAUCAAGGUAGCCAGUAAGAGGGGAAUGUAGCACAUCUAAAGUCAAAAGAGAAUUGUUUUCCUCUGGAUUCUCUGCAUUUGUCGUGCCAUUUUGCAGUUUGGUUUAUUGUCUUGUUCAUUAUGUCAGUGUGAUUUUAUUUUUGUUGUUGUUUUUUUUGUUUGUUUUUUUGGUGGGAGGGAGGGUCUUGUCGUCUCCUUUGUUGGACUUAUUUAAUUUAUGUGUGCCAUUUGUGGACCAUGGAUCACAGUGAUUUUUUUUAUUAUUAUUAUUAUUUAUUUUUUGCUCUUCAUCAUUCAACUCAUUUGUACCACCAUGAAGCAUUGUUCUUCUUUCUUCUGUGAUACAAGCACCACUGACCAAUUUUUCCCCUCUGGUCUCUCUGUUUUUCAACCAUUUUUGUUGAUUUUGUGUUGGAUUUUAAUUUGUCUGUUUAAAGAAACAGUUGAGCGAAGUACAACAAGAACACUGCCUGCUGGUUACCCUCACAAACCUGUCUUUUCAACAAGAUCUUACCAGGCAUGGUCGGCUGCUCCUGUUACCAUCCCUGGGCAAACAAAAUGUGGACUGGGUUCCCUCUCCAGCUCACCUUCCAACACGCCAUCUGCUUCGCCAUUAAAGUCAGUCUGGUCAUUAACCUCAGCUUCUCCACUCAAGUCCACCCUGGGAACCACAAAUGCAUCUCCUGUAAAGUCUGUUAGUGACAUAGCAUCACCCAUUAGAACAUACAGAUCUAUAUCUUCACCUAUAAAAACUGUCGUUCAGCAAGGCCAGUACCCUUCUCCAGUUUCUAGUGGUCUCAUGUCUUCAUCUUUUAAAACCAGCACAGAUCCUGUAUCGAUCAAAGGACUUGCUGCUUCACUGUCUUCAAGACCUAUCUCUGGACCAACAUCUGGUUCUAUACUUGAUAGAACAUUCUCCACAAUGACCCCCCCUGAAUCUCCAAAGUCAGUUGCAAAUUUGUAUUCUUCAGCUUUGUCAGCCCGAUCAACUCUUACUUCCGCUACUACUGCAGCAACACCCACAUUUAAAACCUUAACAAGUCUGUCGUCUAUGAAAACUUCUCCAGAUCGAGGUACGGUCUCCAAUGGAACAAUUCUCUCAUCGUUCUCUUCACCAGCUGGGCCUACUGUUGCCUCAACUGAAACGGUCUUUCUUAACGGAUCUGUGUCACCAGUCAAAUAUCCUUCUUAUUCUUCUAUAUCACCCCGUUUACUCUCAGAAGGAACUAGCAGUUUGCAGGAGAGGAUACAAGCUACAACACAAGCAGCUGCUUCCAGUGUUAGUGCAGCUUUUUGUGAGGCUGAAAAAACUCUAAUUGGCUAUUCUACAUCCAGCUAUGACACAAUAAAAUCCAUGUCGUCUCCUCUGAGAUCAAAUGUGUCAAAUUCAGUGUAUGGGUCCUAUAGAGCCCCCAGUCCUUCUGGUACCCCACUAUCGACUAGUGCUAUGACCGUACCAGUUUUUUCUUUAGUGAAUGUUCUCCCUGAGCCCCAAGAAAAGAAGUUAUUAGACACAGUGUCAACCACUCAAACGCCAUCAUUUACUCCCAGAGCUAAGCCCUCAAAACCCCAACUCUUUAUCCCAUCAUCAGCAUUUAAAUCAGCCACUGCCUCACAAAUGUCAUCAAGUCAAGAUAUUUUGCGGGACGUAGCAGACAUGAAAGAGGGUCUUAUAAAAAUGACUGCCAUAUUGCAAACUGAUGCCGCUAACGUAUCGAAGUCAUAUCAGUCGCAGGCUACCAAGGAAUCUAAAAUGGAAGAUGAGGAACCUUUCAGUUUAGUUGAAAAAGUUAAAGAAGAUCUUGUGAAAGUCAGUGAAAUCCUCUCUAAGGAUGUACUGAAUGAGACAAAAGUAUGCACUAAGGACAAAGCAUCUGAGGAUGAGUGGGAAGAGUUCUCUAAAGAUGAAAUAGAAGAGGCUCAACAGUGUGUCCUGAAAUCCCAUCCUGCAUUUGAAUCCACCCUCCCAGUGAGACCACAGUCAGUGCAAGACAAAGAUCUGAAUUUAGCCAAGGUGGUUGACUACUUAAUGAAUGACAUUGGUGCUAGUUCACUUUCAAAAAUUGCUGGUGAAAAGAGCAAAUAUAAUGAAAUGAAGGAGGGAGAGGAAAAACAGAAACGCACUUUCAAAUCUGAGCAUAAACUCAAAAUGCCACCUCCAGGCAUGCGCACCUCUCCUUCAGAGAAAGAUUUGUGUAAAUUAACCGAUUCAUACAGUGGUACAGAUGCAAUUUUGGAAUCCCCUGAUGACUUUUCCCAUGAUCAGGAUAAAAGCCCACUCUCAGACAGUGGUUUUGAAACCCGAAGCGAAAAAACUCCUUCGGCUCCGCAAAGUGCAGAGAGCACAGGACCCAAACCUCUCUUUUCAGAUGUCCCUAUUCCCCCAGUCAUAACAGAAACCAGAACAGAGGUUGUUCAUGUCAUCAGAAGCUAUGAACAUCCUGAGGAGGCCUGUGAGCCCCUAUUGGAAGAACCUGCCGCCGUGCAGUCACCUGCUUGCAUUGAAGCGGAUUCCGCUGCUGGCUCCAUCAAAGAUAAAGUAAAGGCCUUCCAGAUGAAAGUCAGUUCUGAAGAUGAUUCUGUAAUGAGCAAAAGUAUGUGUCUGAAAGAGGAAACUCAUAUAACCACCACAACCAGAAUGGUCUACCACAAACCCCAGUUGAAAGAGGCAGGCUCGGACAGAAUUGAAGAAACCAUGUCAGUUCGAGACAUAAUGAAAGCUUUCCAGUCAGGGAGAGACCCUUCCAAAGAAUUGGCUGGGCUAUUUGAACACAAGGCUAGUAAGGAUUCUAUCAAAGGAGAUGAAUUAACACCACGGUUCCUUGACAAGGACACAAAACCAAAAGUUGAAAGAAUAAUUGAGGUUCACAUAGAGAAAGGCAACACAACAGACCCAACAGAGGUAAUAAUCCGAGAGACAAAGAAACACCCCGAGUACGUUAGCAAAGGCAGCCGUGGUCUGAAAGAACUUUCUAACAGAGUUGACGGUGAUUUUGGGGCCCUGCAAGAUGAUGAACUGUUUACUACUGAGGAAACAGUGCCCUCUUUCUUAGAAACCUCUAGAGUCAAUACACCUGUUUCUCAAGAGGAGGAGAGUCGACCCGGUUCUGCUCAGCUCGCUGCUGAUGACUCAUAUAAAGCUUUUAAACUCCUAAGCCAGCAGUCCAUUGAAUAUCAUGACGAUGAAUUGUCUGAGCUGAGGGGAGAGUCAUAUAGAUUUGCUGAGAAAAUGCUUCUUUCAGAAAAAUUAGACACAGCACAGUCUGAUACUGAGGAUUUAGUCAUUAACCAGGGAAAUGGCAUCACUCCUGAAUUAGGAGCAGAAGGAUUUUAUGGCUCCAAAAAAGAAUCCAUUUUCAGGCCAGCAAGGGAGACAUCCGACAGAUUUUUCCAUAAAGAUCAGUAUGAUAAGCUGACAGUGUUGCACUAUACAACAGAACCUGGCAGCCCCAAACAUACAGUCAGGAUGCGCUUCACCCAAGAUAAGCAAGACAGAAAUAGAGACAAACUCAUAUAUGAAGAUCGCGUUGACCAAACUGUCAAAGAGGCCGAAGAAAAACUGAGUGAGGUUUCACAGUUUUUUAGAGACAAAACAGAAAAGCUAAAUGAUGAGCUUCAGUCCCCUGAGAAAAAGGUUCCCAUGAGAGACUUCAGAGAGACACGGUCAGGCCCAAGCUCAGUGUGCAGUAGUCCUCAGAAAACAAAGCCGAAAGCUGAAAUGAGCUCUGAUGAAUGGGAUAAGGGGAAACAGAAAUUGCUUGGUAGCAUGAAUGAAAGAAAAAGCACUAGUUUGCCAAGCAGCCCAGAAAGGCAUGUGCAGUCACGCUUAAAUGAGGACAAAUCAAAACAGGAAAACGGUGCUUGGCAGUCAAAGACAGGUGAUAUUUCUCCCCCAGUUCAAGUUAAGACUUCCAGAGUGAGCUCUGUUCGGCUAAAAUUUGAAACAGAGGUCCAAAAUCAAGAUAAAAGUAUCCCAAGUACACAAUCAAAACCACCUGUGAAAAAACUUCAAGAAAGUAAGUUACCCGUGUAUCAGUUCUUUGUUGGCUCAAAGGCUUCAAAGGUAGAUACGACAGAGGAAGGAAAGCCUCUGAACAAAUCUGCAGAGGGUGAUAAAAGUAAAGUGAUCUCUGGGCAAAGUUCAUCUGUUAGUAAAUUUGGCAUUGCAUCAUGUUCAUCUGAAACACCCGACACCAUUUUGCGCAAGCCACAGUUUGAAAAGGUCAGUAAGCCAAAAGAUGAAACGGAUGAAAAACUUAGUGACGGCAAUAAAGUCAGAACUAUUGAAAGUGGUAAGGAACAAAUCCGUAACUCUUUAAAAGAUGCUAGUAGUAUUGACAAGCAGAGCGCAAUCAGUGUCGACCUUAAGGGGCAGCAUUUUGAAAAUGAGCUGCUUGUAAAAGAGAUACAAGCAGAAUUGAAAUCAAAAACUAACCACAUUGACAGUGAUGAUACACAAAUCAAGACCCUUAAAAAAAAGAUCAUAGAAUCACAAAUUCCUGUGAGAAUGUCAUCCGGUCUUCUUGAUACUGAUCAAGCAAAGAAAGCAAAACAAGACACAGUUGUUAAACAAUUGGAAAAGAGUCCAUCACAUAUACCUACCUUAGCUAAAACAAGAGUUCAGGGUCGCUCAGAACUGUCUAGGGAAGAGGCUGUAACAAAGGCGUUUCAAGGUUCUGCAGAGGGUGGUGGUUUCAAAGAUCCAAGUUCAGGCAACUACAAUGAUACUAGUGCAGUGGAAAAGGUUACCACGGUCACCACCAGAGAAAGUUUCAAAGGACUGAAAACAUUACCAGUUUAUGUCAGUGUACAAGUAGGAAAACAAGGUGACAAAGAUUUAGCAGGAGGGGCAAAUGGAUCUGUCAGGAAAAUAGUCAGUUCAGAGAGCCGAACAAUUUACACGGUCAAACAGAGACAGCCGACAUCCCCUCAGGGUAGCCCAGAUGAUGACACAUUAGAACAGAUAUCCUUUCUUGAUAGUUCUGGGAAAAGUCCCAUGACCCCAGAAACACCUAGCUCUGAAGAAGUCAGUUAUGAUCUUACCUCAAGAACCCCUGAAUGUUUCAUGGCAUUCAUACCAGGCAGUGCUAGUCCAAUAGCUGAAGUUUCAGAAGAAUCAGAGGAUUCAGAGCAAGGCAAAGCAUUUACAUUUAAAGAACCUGCCCCAGAAAAGCUCAGAGACACCAUGCCAGCCAACAGGUGUCAGGAUACCCGACAGACAAGUAAAGACAAACGGGUUGCCUACAUAGAGUUUCCUCCUCCCCCUCCCUUGGACCCUGAUUCAUCACAAACUGAGAAAAAAGGGUCCAGUCCUUCCUUAGAGAUGGACACCGAUUUGAUGGAGGUGAACCUCCAGGAGGAGCAUGAUAAGCAUCUACUUGCUGAGCCCAUAAUUAGAGUCCAUCCUCCAUCCCCUGUGCCUCCAGGAGCUAAUGACAGUGACUCAAGUGAAGAUGAAUCAGUAUUUCAACCCAUUCCUGUCAAGAAAUAUACCUUUAAAAUUGAGGAGCAGGACCACGAGAAGGAAUCCAAACCCAAAAAACAUGACCGAAAUGGCAAUCAUAAAGAAUCUGGGAUAAAUGGUAAUGGCAAGGCAGAAGAUAAUGACUAUGAACAAAAUGGCAAUGACCAAUCUAUUACAGACUGCUCAAUAGCAACAACUGCCGAGUUCUCUCAUGACACAGAUGCCACAGAGAUCGAUUCUCUGGAUGGAUAUGACUUUCAGGAUGAGGAUGAUGGCCUUCAUGAACAUGAUACAAAACCAUUUGGAUUUUCCAGCGACAACAGAAAAGACAUUUGGGCAUCAGAAAGCAUGCUUAGGCCUAGUGAUCGUUCUUUCAGCCAAAGUAAACUAGAAGUAAUUGAAGAGGAAUCACCAACUGAGGAGUACAAAAAGGCAAAUGCUAAGAGUGACCCUUCUGUUAAAAAGGCUGAAAAUGGAAAAGAGAAGGACAAGGACAAAACGCAAUCAAAGGAAGAAGGACUGCCUGACACUUACUUUAGCUACAAGCUUGAGGAAGAGUUUAAUACUCCAUUUAAAACUGUUGCAACAAAAGGCUUGGACUUUGAUCCUUGGUCAAGCAAAGGAGGAGAUGAUGAAGUUGUUGACGCUAGAAUUAAAGAUGAUGAGCCCAAGCCUUUCGGGCUAGCUAUAGAUGAGAAGUCUCAAGCGACUACCCCUGACACGACUCCUGCAAGAACUCCAACUGAUGAAAGCACACCAACUAGUGAACCUAACCCAUUCCCCUUCCAUGAAGGGAAGAUGUUUGAGAUGACCCGCAGUGGUGCAAUUGACAUGAGCAAACGGGAUUUUGUUGAAGAGAGGCUGCAGUUUUUCCAGAUUGGCCCUCAGAGUCCUUGCGAGAGGACAGACCUGCGAAUGGCUAUCGUGGCUGAUCAUCUUGGCCUAAGUUGGACUGAGCUGGCUAGAGAAAUGGAUUUCUCGGUUGAUGAGAUAAAUCACAUCCGUGUGGACAACCCCAACUCGUUGACAGCUCAGAGUUUCAUGCUAUUAAAGAAAUGGGUCAGCAGAGACGGUAAAAAUGCCACAACGGAUGCCUUAACUGCAGCACUGACAAAGAUCAAUCGGAUGGAUAUUGUGACAUUGCUGGAAGGGCCAAUAUUUGAUUAUGGUAACAUUUCAGGCACAAGGUGUUUUGCAGAUGAUAACGCAGUUUUCCGGGAUCAGGCUGAUGGUUACCACGACAUCAGUCUGGAGCUGCAGAGUCCCUCAGAGUUGUCCUAUGAACCCCCUACCCCUCUCCGCCAGGAUGAUUUCUUUAGUGAGGACGGUAGUGUAGUCUCGCCCAAUAGAAUCAUCAUUAGACCCAAUGAACUGUCCUUGCCAACCACCUCCAGGGAUGCGCUCUCGUCCGAUGCGCCGCCCCCUACCGUGGUAGCUGAGGAUACCUCAGUAGGAGGCAGAAGGUCUUAUAGUCAAGAAUGGGGCUCGACUGAAGACGACCUGGAGCUCCAUGACAGUGAUGACGUGUCUAAACAUCCAGAAGUAUUCACGCAGAGCGCUCUCCAAGAGCAAGAGGUUCCUCCCAGUGAAGCCCAUGGGGCAAGAGAAAGUGGCAGGUCUGGUUUUGGAGAAGAAGAAGAAGAAGAAGAGGAGGAAGAGAUGGCAAAGGAGAAGCCCAAGUCCCUUUUUAAAGGCAUUAACUUGGAGGAAGGGUCAGAGAAUGAGGAUAUAACCAAAGAAAGAGUGCAGGCAAAUCUCUCACCAGUGGAACAGGCAGAAAAAGAGAUCUCUUCGAUUGCAGGGUUGCAAGAAGGUCCAUCCAGCGUGAGCAAGGAGAUCUCUGCUUCAGUUCUGAACACUGAUACACAAAUGCAGCAAGAGAGGAGUCAAAAGCCAACAUCUACUCCUCCUGUGCUGCAAGCUGAGAGACAGAACGGGGAACAUCCAGAGCUACUAGCCCAAGCUGGCUCAUUGCUUGAGCCCCAGGAACCACUGAGUAAGCUGAAGGGCAAAGGCAGCAAGGACUCUGAGAAAAUGGAUAGGAUCACCCCAGAUGACACUACCGCUGGACUGGGCACCAUGGAAGAGGAGACAGCAGAGCCAAAAGCUAAGCUGGGAGCACAUAGAGACAGUGAGUCCAGUUCCGAUGAGGAACACACAGUCACCACCAGGGUGUAUCGGCGGAGAGUGAUUCUGAAGGGUGAUCAGGCCAAAAACAUUCCUGGCGAGUCAGUCACAGAGGAGCAGUUCACAGAUGAAGAGGGAAACAUUGUCACCAGAAAAGUCAUCCGGAAAGUGGUGCGUCGUGUGCCCGGAAAAGAUGAGAAAGGCAAGAAGAAGAGAGGCAGGCGCUCCAGAGAGGCCGCUAGGGCCGAGCAGCCUGCUGAAAAAGAAGAAGAGGGGCCCUCUAAGAACCCUGAGCGCCUUAGCGAAAACUCUGAGGUCGGAGAGGGAGACAAGAAGAAAGAAGGAAGGCAAAGAGGGAAAAAGGGUCAAUCGUAACGGUUGUGUGUGCUAUCUGAGAUCUGAACCUGUUUCAGCAUUGUUUUCCUGGGAAAAAGGGUCACUGGAAACACAAUGCAGGAGAUCAGGACCGGGGAUUGUGCAUCUACAGCCUUCACAUAAACGCAUGGUUUUUAGGAAGAGGACUUUAUGAUUUCGCAUGAGCAUGGAAAACCUCCGACUUUCUGUCAAUGACGCAAAGCAUCUGAUCAGUGCCAGGAAAUGACACAUUAGCUCAAGACUGUUGGUGGCAUGAAGCUUCUUCUGCGCCUUAUGUUGGAGGAGUGCCAGUGACUUUAAAAAAAAAAACAAAAAAAAAGGGCACUGAAGCAUUUCCAUGACCAAAGAUGGUACAGAGAGCAUUGUGGACUGACAGAAAUUGAAGAGUAUGUUUUUAAAAACACCUUCUACACUCGCCUUACUUUUUCCCCUCCUCUCGGACUAGUAUCGGGCUGUAUAAUGCUGUUUUUAAAGAUCCUGUACAUAAACCAGAACUGUAUAAAUUCUAAAGUAGCUCACAAAAUUGUGAAUGCACUGGCAAGAGAGAGUCAUAAUGUGUGUUGGAAUGAAACUAAAUGAAUGCUGAUAUUAAUUCCAACUUUAAAGAAAAAGUUUGGGGGGGUAACUCCACAGGUACUUGUAAUUACACAAAGAAAAAGAACUUUUUACACAAGAACAAGUUUGCUUGAUUUGAGUACGUUUCUUUUUAAGCAUACCGCGAGUCUCAAUAAUGAUGAAAAAACAGACAUAGCUGCAGUUGUGUUAAAAGAUUUACUCCGAAUACUAAUAUUUUGAUGCAUGUGAUUCACCUUAUUUUUUAUUUGUUUCCUAUCUACAUAACCAGAGGUGUGGUAAAUGUUCUGUGUGCACACAUUCAUAGCCUUGGUCUUUGUCACUAAUACUGUUUUAUAAUGACACCACUGUACCACAACAGACUCGCGGGAAGUGAAUGGACAUGAUCGGAUGAGAAAUUUUUGCAGCUAAAGGCUUAUGCUAUGCAGUCACGGACAGGCUUGGAGUGUGAGAGAGCGCAUCACGUCAACUGGCACACUGUUAACUUUUAACCGGUCUCAUGUGUAUUGGCACUAAGAAGUCUUUCUGUAAGCCAACCGUUUGUAACCAUUCUAACAGUGUAUUACUAGGUUCCAAGGCUGCUGUGGUCGUAAGGGGCAUUUUUUUAUUUGGGUUUGGUGAAAUAUUUCCUUAUGUUGAAUAUACUCGAGAAAAAAAAAAAAAAAGAAAAAAAAAGAGAGAGACAGAGAGAGCGAUCACCUUCAGGUAUUCAUUGAAUGAUCUGGUAACAAACCUGUAUGAGAAACCAUACACUGGAUGAUUGAAUUAAUUAUUUAAGCAUAAAAUAAAUUGUGUUCAAACUCUGAAAGAAAAGGUGUGAAUUGAACUUUUAUCUGUAUGUCGAAAGAACUAUAUGUGGCCAUUUGAUGCCAAAGACACACAGAGAACUGUGUACAGUGUGUAUAUAUAUAUACGCUAGGGAUGUAACGAUAUAUGAUACAUCGCUAUAAAUCAUGACACAAACUUAUGAUUGUUCGAAUUGAUGAAAUAAAAAAUGAAUCGUAAUUAUUA